GGCAGAGAAAGGCCAGUCCCAGCAGCCAUCUCGGAGCCUCUUUCCUUCUCUUCUCCUCCCGGCAGAGUCUGGGCAAACCCAACCAUCCUCGGCCAGGAUUUCCCACCUACCCUUCCAGCACCAUGACACCUGGGCCACCUUUCCAGUUCCUGCUGGUGUUCAGCCUAGCGCCACAGCUGGUGUCUGGGAGUUUCAAGCAAUACUUUCUGAAGUAUAUCUUGGAACCUCCACCCUGCAGAUCAGAACCUGAGAACUGCACUACAUUCUGUACGCAGCAGGAGGAGUGCCCAGGAAAUCUCCAGUGCUGUUCUGCUUUCUGUGGGAUAGUCUGUGCUUCAAACAAAGACCCGACGCCAAACAUGAGACACAGGAGAUUCAAGACUCCUCCUGAGGCUUGACAUUCGAGGCAUGCUCCCCAGUGCAUUGCAUGAGGGAGCUGUGCUGAAGAAAAGGCUCAGUGGUUAGGAUUGCUUGCUUCUCUAUCCUGAAAACCAGAGUUUGGA